AAUAAUCCAUUCUUCGCCUAUCUUGACAUGCGCUCUGUCCGGUGAUCAUAUUUUAAAGCUUAUCUUUGUUGAUGAAGGGAUUCACUCAGUACUGUGGAUAGAUAAACGUACGUAGUGGAAAAUUGGUACAGCGGUGGCGUCAUCAGUCGGGUUGGUCAGUCCCGGUUACACUGGGCAGCCGAGUACGUCGUGCACUUGCUGUUUGGUUCGUAUCGGUGCAACAAUGUCGAGCGAUUGGUUGUUGAACGGUAGUAGCGGAGAGGAUUAUUCAACCGAUGAAAUAACGAGCUACGAUGAAAACGACACGUCCGGACAGACGAUUGACUCGAUCAGCCGAUCGUUGCAGCGUUUCGAAUGGCCCGAUUAUGUCGUGUUUGUGCUGAUGUUGCUAAUUUGUAUCGUGAUUGGAAUUUUCUUCGGCUAUCAAGACCAUCAGAAGCACAAACGGCGUCGCAAGCAGGCCCGUAGAGAUUCGGAAGCCCUGGACUAUUUGGUCGGUGGCCGGAAGAUGCAAAUAUUUCCCGUUUCGGUAUCGUUGGUAGCGAGCUGGAUCUCAGGUAUCUCGCUGCUGGGAACAUCUACCGAGAUUUAUGUGUAUGGUACGCAGUACUGUUACAUCGUGUUUGCUGUGAUUUUAAUGGGUUUUGUACUGCAUCACAUAUUUCUGCCCGUUUUUCACGAGCUACAAAUUACAUCUGCUUACGAGUACCUUCAGCGACGAUUUGACCAGCGGAUGCGACUCUUUGGAUCAAUACUCUUUACAGUGGCAUGCCUUCUUUGGAUGCCUAUCGUCAUUUACGUCCCAGCUUUAGCGUUCAACCAAGUGACUGGAUUAAGCAUACACGUCGUUACACCGAUCGUUUGCAUGAUCUGUGUGUUCUACACCAGCAUUGGAGGAUUGAAGGCGGUAGUCUGGACGGAUGUGAUCCAGUCCGGAGUGACCUUAUUGGCUUUGUUGGCUGUGCUGAUCAAAGGCACGUACGAUGUUGGAGGUCCAGCAGAAGUUCUGCAACGAAACAUUGCUGGCGAUCGUCUGGAGGUACCAAACAUCGAUCCCGAUCCUACGCUUCGACACUCGAUCUGGAUUAUCUUGAUCGGAGCUCCUGUAUGGUUUUGUUAUGGUGUAUCCUGCAGUCAGGAUAUGAUUCAACGGUUUCUAUCAUUACCGACACUUCAAGAUGCUCGUAAAGCUUUGAAAGGUUUUGUGAUUGGUUGGAUUGUAGUUAAUUUAAUAUUUUUCUUAAUCGGCAUGCUCGUGUACGCUACCUACUAUCGUUGUGAUCCACUGACAACGCAACUGGCAAAAGCAAAGGAUCAACUGCUGCCACUAUUUGUGAUGGAAACGUUCGCAGCAUACCCGGGCAUGACUGGAGUAUUUGUGGCUGGUAUCUUCAGUGCGGCUCUUAGUUCGUUGUCUUCGGCAUUGAACGCACUCUCCGCCAUCACACUAGAAGACUUUUGCAAACCUUACUGCAAGAAGCCGCUUACAGAGAAGCAGAUUGGCUACAUCAUGCGAGGUUCGGUGUUAGUAUACGGAGCUUUGUCAGUAUUGUUAUCUUUAUUAGUAGAGCAUCUAGGCACAGUGAUGCAGUUGACUAUGACAUUAAGCUCAGCAUCUGGAGCACCACUUUUUGGACUCUUCGUAAUGGGAAUUUUGAUGCCUUGGGUUAAUGGAACGGGAGCUUUGUAUGGAGGCAUUACCGGAUUACUUGUGAUGCUAUACAUGUGUUAUAAGGCGCAAUAUUCGAUCGCAUCGGGUAGCAGGACGUUCGACACGAAGCCUGUAUCGGUGGAAGAGUGUCCAUAUGAGUAUGCAUAUAACACAACCGGUGGCCUGGCAGAUGCAGAGUCCGAGCUGGAACAUGUAGAAAAGUCAAUUUAUCACAUGUCAUACAUGUACUUCACGCUGUUUGGGACGAGCGUGACCUGCCUGACGGGAACGAUUGUGAGUUUUCUUACGAAACUGCGAGGGACUUCACAUCAAGACCCAAUUGAUCCUAAGUUAUUAGCACCGUGCAUUAGAAAAAUGCAAUCCACUGGAAUACCCCUUACUUUCCAAGCAGUACCAACGGACAGAAAACAGGCUGAGAUGUGUGAAACAGAUUGUAACUGAAAUUGUACAUUGGAAUUUGAAUUCUAAUAAACAAAUAUUUAAUAACGUUGAGGAAAUUAAACUUUGUUGUUGAGUAACGUAAAACAUACAU